CGCGUUGAUUCGCCGUCUUCAUAAACAGUAGAAGAAGAACAGCUUCGUCUCAACAAGAAAAUGAAAAAUGUCGAUCGUCUUCGUGCCUAAAAGACUUCGCGGCAAGGCUAAAAUCAACCAAGAAACUAUUCAAAGGCUUUUAGACGAAAACGACCAAUUAAUAAGAUGCAUCGCCGACUACAUGAAGAAGGGGCGAGCUGUGGAGUGUGUCAAAUAUCAACAAUUCCUGCAUCGGAAUAUUGUUUACUUGGCAACCAUUGCUGAUGCAAGCCCUGUUGUUGACAACACGUCACAGUCUUCAACGUGAUCGAACCUCAGCCUUUUGGGGAAGCUUCUUCUAUUUAUGCCAUCAUUUUACAUUUUUCUUCAUUCCUACAGUAUUCUGUAUUAAUAGAUAUAAUCAGGACCACACAAAAUGCUUAGACCAGAAUCAAAGAGAGAAAUAUUAUAAAGGUUAUUUUAAUGGCUCAAUACUAUGAUAAAAAGUUGCAGUAAUUGUGUCCAACUCUAGAACAAAAUAAUAGUUUCAAUAUUUUUUUUAUUUUACUGGUAAGAAGUGGAAAUUAUUAGUUUGUAACAAUACAAGGAAGUUGUGACACCCUGAAAAUGGAAAAAAAAACAAGUAACGUUACAAAAAUAAGGUUAUUAAAUUUUGUGGACAUUUUUGCAGUUGUACGGAAAUACUUGAAGAUUAAAUCAUUACUAGAAAAAUUGCAUUUAUCAAUGUUUAUUUAUUGUAGUCAGUUUAGGAUCCAUUUGUUUCACAUGGAAAUAAAACUUCCUUUGUAAUAUUUAAUGGUUUUGUCAUAGU